UUCCACUUCUAUGCGAAGUGUGAGAGCUGCCUCUGCGUAGGACACUGCGACGACUCCGCUCGGUCUAUGAUGAGUGCUGCCAUGAUCCCGAAGAACGGGCCUCAGCAGAUUGUGAUUCACGAUAAAGAAAACAACACUUUUGAACUGGACGAGAGCGCAUUACGACGUAUUUUGCUACAAGAUGGUGUAAGGGACAAGCCUGUUGCAGUAAUUUCCGUGGUGGGAGCCAUGCGGAAAGGAAAGUCCUUUAUGCUCAACCUUUUCCUCAGAUAUAUGCAACAUCGUCAAGGACAUGCACAAUGUUCAAGCAAGUUUGCAGACUGGCUGGAAGAUCCUGAUGCACAAUUGAAGGGAUUUUCAUGGCGCAGUGGAAUGAGAGGGGACACAUCGGGUAUCCUCAUGUGGGACAAAGUGUUCACGGUUACAACAUCUGAGGGAGAGCAGGUGGCUGUCAUCUUCAUGGACACAGAGGGCGUCUUUGACCGUGGUGUAACAAUGCAGGAGAACACUACAAUUUUUGCUCUCAGUACCCUGACUAGUUCUAUCCAGGUGUACAACAUCUCCCAGAUGGUACAAGAGAACGACCUUCAAUUUCUACAGGUGAGGUCGAAUAGCCUGGGAGGGAGCACGCAAAAGUAAAAUCGCCAAAUUCAAUGCGCACUUUU